AUUAUGACUGCCCCAAGAGCUUUAGGUGACACCAAGUUGUUUGAGCCAAUCAAGGUUGGCAGAAAUAACAUCGGCCACAGAGUCGUGUUUGCCCCAACAACUAGAUACAGAGCCUUGAAGGACCACACACCUUCUGAUUUGCAAUUGGAAUACUACGACGCCAGAUCCAAGUUCCCAGGAACUUUGAUCACUACCGAAGCUACUUUUUCUUCUGAGCAAGGUGGUUUGUUCGACAACAUUCCUGGUAUCUACACCGACAGGCACACUGCUGCUUGGAAGAAAAUCAAUGAGAGAAUUCACGCCAACAAGUCGUUCUCUUCUAUUCAAUUGUGGUUUUUGGGCAGAGUUGGUAACCCCAAGUUGCUUAAGGAAGCUGGUUUGCCAUUUGUAUCUGCUUCUGACGUUUACUGGAACGAAGAUUCUAAGAAGUUAGCUGAAGAAGUAGGCAACCCUUUGAGACCUUUGACCAAAGAAGAAAUCAAGGAUAUCAUUUACAACAAGUACACCAUUGCUGCUAAGAACGCACUUGAAGCUGGUUUCGACUACGUAGAAAUCCAUAGCGCACAUGGAUAUCUCUUGGACCAGUUCUUGCAACCAUCAACUAACCACAGAACUGAUGAAUAUGGUGGUUCCAUUGAAAACCGUGCCAGAUUCGUAUUGGAAUUGGUCGACCAUUUGAUUCCAAUUGUAGGAGCCGACAGAUUGGCUAUCAGAAUCUCUCCUUGGGCCAAGUUCCAAAACAUGAAGGCCGAAGAAGACGUAGUUCAUCCAAUCACCACCUUCAGUUACUUGGUUAAUGAAUUGCAAAGGAGAGCCGAUGCUGGAAACCAGUUGGCAUACAUUUCUGUAGUCGAGCCUCGUGUUCAAGCCAGUUAUGAUGUUGAUGUAAACGCUCAAGUCGGUGACAACUCUUUCAUUUCCAAGAUCUGGAAGGGUAUUCUCAUCAAGGCUGGUAGUUACACUUAUGACGCUCCUGAAUUUACGACAUUGCGUACAGAUCUUGCUGACAACCGUACUUUGGUUGGAUUCUCUAGAUACUUCACCUCCAACCCUGACUUUGUCAAGAGAUUGAGAGACGGCUUGGAGUUGACUCCCUACGUCAGAGACACUUUCUACACCAGAGAUAACUGGGGCUACAAUACGUGGAACGAGUAUGGUGUUGAGCACAAGUUUGUGGAAGAAGAAGAGGUUAAGGUUGUCGCCCAAGAGAUAAAGGGUAAUUAGAUAUAUAAAGCGAUAGAUUGUAUAAUAGAGAAUAUUGCGAUAUUUGUGA